AUGCUGCAGCAACAAAAGCAGCAGCAGCGGCAGCCACAGCGACAGGCGGUCGUCGGCACGCAGCAGCAGCAACAGCGUCGGCAGCAGCAACAACACCAGCAGCGGUCAAAUGCCACGCAGGCGCAGCGCCGAGAACAGCUGCGGAACGAACAACGACGUCCAGCACGCCUUCGGCAGGACCAAAUCAUCUUCGAGCCAGCCGAAGGUACAUCCUACAAGGUGCUGUACGAGAAGAUACGCUUGAACCCGCGCCUACAGGAGGAAAACAAGGGAGUCCACCAGGGCUACCGUACGACUCGGGACUUCCUCCGACUCGAGUUGAAGAAGGAUACAGACGCCGCUUCGUUGUUGCAGCGGAUCCAAGAGGAAGUUGGCGACUUGGCCGCUGGCCGGAUCGUAACAGAGAUGGCCGAAGUCUUGAUCACGGGUAUCGACAUGCUGGCCAAGAAGGAGGAUGUGGAACGCGGUCUGCAGCGGGCGCUGGAGCGCACAGCAGUUGCAGCAACUACAUCUUUGUGGGAGCGUCGCGACGGGACGCAGCGUGCCCGUGUCCGACUGCCACGGAGGGACGCUGACCUCCUACUGGAUAAGCGCAUUGUGGUCGGGCAUUCGGUGUGCCUGGUGCGCAGUGCCCCGAAACAGCAGCGAAGCGCGGUUCGCUGUUUCCGCUGCUUGGAGCGCGGUUCGCUGUUUCCGCUGCUUGGAGCGCGGCCAUACCACAGCAGACUAAGCUGGCGAGGAUCGAUCCAGCUUGUGCCUGCGCUGCGGAGCCGCGGAUCAUCGCGCGGCGUCAUGCCGGACCCGAAGUGCAUUGUCUGCGGCGGCCCACAUCGCAUCGCCGCCCCAAUGUGCAAAGGACCGCCAUCACAAUGUUGAACAUCCUGCAGUUGCGAGAACGCAACACUGCGAGAACGCCCAGGACCUGGCGUUGCACGUGAUAACCACCGAGAGUCUCGACGUUCUGCUCUUGUCCGAGCCCUAUUGCGUACCGCGCAAUAACGGCAAUUGGGUGACGGACGAGAGUAAGACGGUUGCCAUCGUCGUCAACGGCAACCGGCUGCCGAUACAGCGUAUCAGGCACCGUCAGACCCUCGGUGUGGUUGCUGCCGACGUGGAAGGUACAAAAAUCGUGAGCUGCUACGUGUCGCCGCAGACGGGAGUCCCGGAGUUCCGGAGCAUUAUGGAGAAGAUUGACUUGAUCGUCCGCGGGUGCAGCCGGGUUCUCCUGGCCGGCGAUUUCAACGCCAUGCACCUUGACUGGGGAAGCAGCAGGACUUGCCCGAAGGGCUUGGAGCUUCUCCAGUUGGCGGACAACCUCGGGCUGGUGCUUCUGAACAAGGCGGACUGCCUGCCUACGUUCAAGGGGAACCGAGCGGACUCAACUCGGUUCCCGCCCAGCCGACCGGACGUUACAUUCGCCAGCAGUGCGAUCAGCCGUCUCGACCCGCGCGCUGACAGCGCCCGAGGCUGGCGCGUGCCUGACGUGGCGACGCUGAGCGACCACCGAUACGUCCGGUAUGAGGUUGGCGAGAGUUCACCACCAACGAGGGAUCGGGCAGCACGGCGUGGACAGCGUCCAGCCCGUGUAAGCAAAGCCGGUACGCGCUGGAAGACCAGUCAGUUUGACUCCCAACUUUUCGGGAAAGCGCUGGCCAUGACUGGGUUCGCGCGUCAAGCUAACAGCGUCGAAAGCUUGGUUGAGUCGCUGACCAGCGUCUGCGACGAGACGAUGUCGCGGGUCUUCCCAGCGCAGGACCACACAGGUCGGCCAGCUUACUGGUGGACUCCGGCGAUCCAGGCAAUGAUCGACGAACUCUCCAGAAAGGAGUAAAUGGCGAUGAGGACCAUCCCGCCGGAACAAGAGCUCCAAACGGAACUCUUAGCUGCCAGAGAGAGCCUUCGGAAGGCUAUUCGUUUGAGUAAGAACGAGGCGUUCGACCGGUUUCUCCUGUCGAUCAGGGAGGACGUAACUGGAAUUUUUUUCUGGAAAGUCUUCCACUGGUUCCAGGGAGCCCGCUCAGCCCCGGAACGUGAUCCAGCAGAACUGCGGCGAAUUGUCGACGCCUUGUUCCCGGUUCAUCCGCCGGUCGAGUGGCCUGAUCUCGGAGUUGGCAACAUGGCGCCGCUUUGAUCGAUCGGCCUGACCGAGCUGGACCAAAUAGCAGCCAGCAUGCACCCGCGGAAGGCUCCUGGGCUUGAUGGAGUGCCGAACGCCGCUCUUACAGUCGCUCUCAGGCAGCAACCGGAGACCUUCCGGCGGGUGUUUCAGGAGUGCCUGGACAUGUCCUGCUUUCCACAGCCGUGGAAAAAGCAGCGACUGGUGCUCCUGCCAAAGCCAGGUAAAUCACCGGGCGAGCCGUCGUCCUUCCGCCCGAUUUGCCUGCUGGACAACACGGGCAAGGCUUUGGAGCGGCUGCUAUUAAACCGGCUCAACGAGUACAUCGAAGAUCCUGAGAGUCCGCAACUGUCUGAGCAGCAGUUCGGAUUCCGGCGAGGGCGAUCGACUCUGCAGGCCAUCCAGCAGGUCGUGGACGCGGGACGGAGGGCGUAGUCCUUAGGCAGAACCAACAACCGUGACCGGCGCUGCCUCAUGGUUGUUGCCUUGGACGUCCGUUACGCGUUCAAUACGGCCAGCUAGCAGAGCAUUGCCGAGGCGCUCCAGGCGAAGGGUGUCCCAGUGCAGUUGUGCCGCAUACUGCAGGACUACUUCGCCGACAGGGAGCUCGAGUACGAUACGACGGACGGGCCGAUGACACGCCGAGAAAACGGUAUCAGCGGUGAGUCGCUGGAUGGAGCAGCACCAUCUCUCCCAGGCGCCGGAAAAAAAUGGAGAUCGUCAUGAUCUCUAUCAAGCGGAGCGGCUACCGGAAUAUUCUGGUUAACAUCUGUGGAAUGGAAGUGCACUCGAAGCGGUCGAUCGAUUCGAUUCUCGGAGGUUCGCGCUGAGCUGCUUAUCUUUUCCAAUCUUCAGGGGGACUGGCGGGAGGAACAACUUACUUUAGCAGCCGCAGCCCAGCCUAACCCUGCUUCAGCCCAGUCCGUGGACAUGGCGGAGAAAGAGCGAAGACUUUAAGGCGCGAAGUGCGUAACCGGAAUAAGCAACGACUGCGGCAGCAACGACGAUUGGAGCGGCUCGACGACGGCACGCGCAGCGGCCAAUGACGCUGUCCAACCAACAGGAGAGGUCGAGGCGGAGGACACUGACCCCCUCGAAUAACCAAUCCCUCGCGCAACCGGGGAUUGUCUCCCUAUCCCAAGACGGAGAUGCGGUGAGUGCGGCAAAACUAUAUGCAACAGGAGAACUGCAGGAGGCGCGUUUUCGAUGAAUUGGAAACCUGUUCCAGAGAGGCGCCAGCGACGCGGAAGGUAACCGCCUUCUGCUACAGACAGAAAAAGGGGGAAGACGGAGAGUAAACAGACGUCGCAACAGCAGGGAGUGGAGGCUGCAGCGGCGGGAGCAGCGUAACGCGAAAGUGGAGGCCCAGCCUCCCCCGUGGGACGAGUUGCCCAGCUCGGAGCUAACCAAGAGACGAUCCAGGCUCAGUGAAACAGAGAGCGCAGCCAUUUUAAUUAACUAGCGGCUAUCAGAAAAAAGUUUGCAAACAAAUACUGUGCGAUUAUUCUCUACAUUUGAGGGGGAAAAAGAGGAUUGAAAAUAAAGGUCGUUGAUGCUUUAUGUAGCUAACGUUCUUACCUAUUCAGGUCUGAAAGAUCCCACGUUAUUAAAAUACGUACCCGUUAUGCUACUCGGGCCCAGUGGGCGAGUCUAUACGUUCGCUGCAAAACAGUUAACAAUUGAUUUUAACUGCUUAAGGAAAAAUGUACUGAGUAUUUUGAGGAGAAUAGGUGGAUGAUAGGAGGCCCAGGACUAACGGAGGAGAUCGACGAGUUCCUCAUCGUAAAACUAGCUUUUAUGUGCAACAUCGAACCACCAAUCCAUCUCAGAACCAUGCCCUGUCGACACUCUCACCAAGGACGGUUUUAUAUGAUAAAUGCGCAUUGCGGAGUGAGUGUCACACGAUGCUUCAUCGGAGCUGCUCAACGUUUUCUUGCUCUACUGCGAUAUCGGAAUCGAAAAAUCGUAAAUAUGCCCUCACACGUAUUAAUGCAGCUUGAAAAGAGUGAUAAGUUGUUAAAUGACCUUUUGUUUGAACCCACAACCAGGAUAAGCUCGGUUACAGCAUAGCGUGGGGUUCAACAGCUGUUUGACGAACCAAUUGCUGAGAAGACGAGGUUUGAAUGGACAAUGUUCGGCCCAUGUACUACGUCUGCAUCCGUAAGUAACAAUACGUAAAACAAUUUUCAUUUGUGUAUCUGUAAAGGUUGAAAACAUGAACAUUAAUAUAAUUAAUCGGCACUUCCCGUGAGCUGGUCUUUAAAGAAGAGGAAAGGGAAUCCGUUCAGCUCCAAAACACGGUUAUUUAAUGGUCGUUACGAAACGGGUCUAUUGUGGAAAUAUGACAAUGUUCGUCGCCCUUGUAACCGCGAAAUGGCCUUCAAGCGUCAUGCAUGCCUGAGGAAUAAGAAGAAUAAGGAUCCUUCAUUGGCGCUGGCGGAUAAUCAGAAAAUGCAGGAGUAUUUAAAAAGUGGUACAUGGAUGAGAAGGAAAUAUCGUCUAUAGCUGGUGGUCAAUUUUGGUACCAAGGCAUCGAAAA